AUGUUUUUGUUUUCACCGUCACCAACCAAAUAUCAUGAAUUAAUUCCAACUUCCUUUCCAACAGACGAAGACUUUGAGGAGUUUGGGCUUUUCCAACUGAGCACCUCCGGAUGGGCCAGUCUUCCGUUCAUCAGAACUGAAGGAUUCACCAAAAGUGAGGAGGCAUUUGAGGAAGAUGAAAAUUUGGAAGAUCUUUCGGACGAAGAAAGGGAACUUCGUUUCAUGGGAAUUGUUCCGAAGAAACGUUUCAGCUUCAGAGAUAUCUCGGCAGCCAUCAGAAACGCAGGUACCAAACUUGCAAAGGCUGCCCAUAUUAGAAAAGAUUCAAAAGUCGAAAACUCGACCGCCAAGCACGGCCUCAAGUACCACCUCAAGCGGGUAUUCACCCACCCCAAAAAGGAGACCCGGAUUCUCAAGGAAAAGCUCAAGGCCAAGGCUUUUGGGUUUUCUGAGAGACGAACAACCAAAGCCUGUUUUCCCCCAGCAGGCACUGGAUAUGUUUCAAAGCCCAGAAACAAACAAAAGGUAUUGGAUAUCCACGCUGAAAAGAUCGAAACCAUCGGUUCCAAUUUCGAAGGAUGCUGGAAGGAAAUCAGGAUCCUAACAGCCAAGGGUCCUGAAAAGCCUCCCUACUUCAAGAAACUCGACACUUUUCUUGAAACCGAACUCAACUCUUCCUCAACAAAGUGGGACACUGUUCGUCUGACUGUGGGCUCGUUUGCCCAAAAGUUCGGCCAGUCCGAUGACGAUCUUUGUGCCAAUUUCCACAGAAUGCUCAAAUUCUUGAGUCGCCGGAAACAGCUGAUUGAAAUGGGCGGACUGGUGGCCUCCCUGGCCGGAACCUUGUUGCAGGAUACCUUGAAGUAUCUUGAUGAAUGCCAGAACACCCACAGGGAGAAGCUUGUUGUUGUGGGUGGAAAACACAUAUUCUUGAGGAAUCAGAUUACUCAGAUUUAUUUAGAGCUUCUGGCUCUAGCACGUCGUCAUGCUGCAUUUCGGAAGAGGGUAAUUCUGAGAAUCAGCGCCGGUCAUUCCUUCGAUGCAGCCUCCACAAAGAAGCUAGAGACACAAUUGAAGCAGGUUAAUCACAUGGGCAGUCUUAUUCUGUCGUGUGACCUGGAUGUGACUACUCUUUACAACCAGACUUGUCGAAGGAUUCAGAUUCUUCGGGACGUCAACACCCAGAUGGAUGCGUUCUACCGUUGUUUCAACGAGCAUCAGAAGUACUUCUCCCAAAAGCUCAAUUACGAGUGUCCUGAACCAAAGGGCACAUACGACUUUGCAUUCUACAGUGCUGCUGUUGAAAGCCACUACGAGCACUUUGCGACCUCGAUCGAGUCGACGCAGAGGCUCCACAGCUUGCUUCUCCUGGAGGUGCGGGAUCUUUGUUCGAUUCUCGCCCUGGAAUAG